UGCAAUUGAUCAUUUUCGAAAAGAUUUUAUAUUCGUGGUUUCUCGGCUCAAACGUGUCUAUUCCAUCGUGACGAACGGAUUGCUAUCAUGAUCGGCCAUUCAUUUUUCAUUCUGUCGGCGAUAACGAGCUUUGCGAUCGCGGCACUGCCUCCGUACAUAAAACCAUGUAAGAGACAUGAUCCAGACAUUAACAACUGCAUUACAAAUACAAUUGAAGAUCUGCGAGAGAAGUUGGCUGGGGGAAUACCUGAACUCGAAGCUCCUGCUAUCGAGCCACUCACCUUGAAGCAGAUUCGACUGCUGCGUGGACCCCAAGGUGCCCGAUUGGAUGUUAAUCUCACUAACAUUCAGGUACGAGGUCCGUCGAAUUUUAAAGUACGUGACUUGAAAGCCAACACUGAGGAUGUUGAGUUCACAUUCAUCGUGAGCUUCGAUGUCCUGAGAUUCAGUGGAAAAUACCAGAUCGAUGCCAGACUAUUAUUGUUAAGACUGGCUGGCAGUGGUGAUCUUACGGGAAAUUUCACUGGUUACGAGUCGAGUGUAAUUCUGCGAGCGAAUAAAGUAAUGAGAGAUGGUAACGUCUACCUCAACUUCGAGAAAAUGAAGUUGAAUAUAAAAAUUGGCAAAGCGCACAUAUACCUAAACAAUCUAUUCGGCGGUGACCCAGUAUUAGGACCAGCUAGUAAUCAAGUGCUCAAUGCAAACAGCAACUUAUUGAUCGACGAAUUGCGACCAGUUCUGGAAGAAGCUCUCUCCGAUUUAUUCACCGAAGUAGCCAACAAAGUCACUAGAUCAUUCACAUACAACGAAUUGUUUCCACUCGAUUAAACACACGUUCAAUCAAUUAAUCAUUCGCUCAAUCAAUCAAUACAAUGUCGUUCUUAUAAAAUUUGUUUCUAUUCUCAUCUUAUCAUCUGAUAAAUACAUGAGUAAAGGUUUCUCACGGAAGAAUCUCGUCUUUGGUGAGUGCUCCGAAGGCCCUUGCAGCUAGUGCUUUGGCUAUCGAUUGAGCUGUCUCUUCGAUUAUUGGAUUUAUUAUGUCAAGAACAAGGCGGGGACUUCCAUUGAAAAAACUUGCUGCUGCAUCAGCCGCUACCUUGUGCUGGGGUUGGGCUUGUAACUGGAUAUUUCCAUUGCCAACGCGAAUUUU